GUCUCUUAACCUUCAUUAACUGUGCCUAUGUCAAGUGGGGGACCCUGGUCCAGGAUGUUUUCACCUAUGCUAAAGUGUUGGCACUGAUUGCUGUCAUCAUUGCAGGCAUUGUUACACUUGGCCAGGGAGCCACAACUAACUUCGAGAAUUCCUUUGAGGGCUCGUCAUUUGCAAUGGGUGACAUUGCCUUGGCGCUGUACUCAGCUCUGUUCUCCUACUCGGGGUGGGACACCCUUAACUAUGUCACCGAAGAGAUCAGGGAUCCUGAGAGGAACUUGCCCCUCUCCAUUGGCAUUUCCAUGCCCAUUGUCACCAUCAUCUACCUCUUGACCAAUGUGGCCUAUUACAGCGUGCUAGACAUGAAGGACAUCUUGGCGAGUGAAGCUGUGGCUGUGACCUUUGCAGACCGGAUUUUUGGAAUAUUCAACUGGACAAUUCCAGUGGCAGUUGCAUUAUCCUGCUUCGGGGGUCUCAAUGCUUCUAUUGUGGCUGCUUCUAGGCUUUUAUUUGUGGGCUCGAGAGAAGGCCACCUCCCUGACGCCAUCAGUAUGAUUCAUGUUGAGCGGUUCACGCCAGUGCCUUCUCUACUCUUCAAUGGUAUCUUGGCACUGAUCUACUUGUGUGUGGAAGACAUUUUCAAGCUCAUUAACUACUAUAGCUUCAGCUACUGGUUCUUUGUGGGGCUUUCUAUCGUGGGUCAGCUGUAUCUACGCUGGAAGGAACCCGACCGGCCUCGCCCUCUCAAGCUCAGCCUUUUCUUCCCCAUCAUCUUCUGCCUGUGCACCAUCUUCCUGGUGGCCGUCCCACUCUACAGCGACACCAUCAACUCCCUCAUCGGCAUCACCAUCGCCCUCUCAGGUUUACCCUUCUACUUCCUCAUCAUCAGGGUGCCGGAGCACAGACGACCCCUCUGUCUUCGAAAGGUUGUAGCCUCCACCACGUGGUACCUCCAGAUCCUCUGCAUGUCAGUUGCUGCAGAACUGGAUUUGGAUGAUGGAGAGACGCCCGAACAACAAGAUCGCAAGUCUAACUAGAGCUUGGAAUCCGGGGUGCUUCUUAUGUCCCAUCGGACAGGACCUCUGGAGGCCCCCAUCCAGGAGCCCAGUCUUGACAGCUUCAACUUUGAACUUGCUUUUGAGGGAUGAAAAGUAAUUUAUUUGUUUUGCUACGUGUUGUUUUAGACUUCAUAAAGCGAUACUGCAGACCGUGGCAGGAAGCAGGCCACUUCGGGAGCUUGGUUCUGGAAGUACCUGGGUGUGCCUACCCACUCCUCUUUUCCUUUACAAGGGCCAACAAUGCUCCAAACUUGUCUCCUUUAGAGGGACACAAAACUGUCAUAGUUGCAAAACAAUAAAAAGGUUACGUUCCUGAA